AUGUCAUCCAUUGGCUCUGGGUAUGAUUUGAGUGCCUCACAAUUUUCACCGGAUGGUCGCGUGUUUCAGGUUGAAUAUGCAAAUAAAGCCGUGGAAGCUAGUGGAACUGUGGUUGGUCUCCGUUGUAAAGAUGGUGUUGCAUUCGCCGUAGAAAAAAUAAUUACAUCACGAUUAUAUGAAAAAGGUUCCAGCAAGCGUAUUCACAAUGUUGAUAAACAUAUCGGCAUGGCAGUUGCCGGUCUUUUAGCUGAUGCAAAACAAAUAUUGACAGUAGCACGUGACGAAGCGAAGCAGUAUAAAUAUGAUUAUGGUGUAUCGAUUCCUGUUAAAUAUUUAGCUGAUCGUCUUUCAAUGUACAUGCAUGCCUAUACUUUGUAUGGAUUUGUUCGACCAUUUGGCUGUCAAGUGUUUUUGGCAUCAUACGAACACGAUGGACCGCAAUUGUAUGUUGUUGAACCAUCCGGUGUUAAUAAUGGUUAUUUUGGAUGUGCUGUUGGCAAAGCUCAACAAACAGCUAAAACAGAAAUUGAAAAACUAAAGUUAAACGAUAUGAAACUGGAAGAUGGUAUUAAAGAAGCAGCAAAAAUUAUUUAUCAAGUACACGAUGAAGUUAAAGAUCGUAUGUUUGAACUUGAAUUAAGUUGGGUAGGAAAAAAUACAGAAGGCAAACAUGAAAAAGUACCGACUAGCGUUUAUGAAGAUGCCGAGAAAUAUGCAAAGGCAUCAUUAGAAGAAGCCAGUGAUGAUGAUGAAGAAAUGUGA